ACAUUUUGUGUAUUUAUACAGGCGCAGAUAAUCCAAAACAUCUGCAUAUUAUAUCUUUAAACAAUACAAGAAACCUCAAAUCCAACCCAAACAGAAACCAAAUAUCUUCGUUUGUCUGAAUGGAGAGAAGUUCAAUGAAAGCUGAGUACGAUCUUGAUCAUCCUCAUCAAAGCUUCUAUGGAGAUUAUUCAAAACCUUUGGUUCCCAAGAAUAAGAACUCCCAGAUCAUUACCAAGAUCAAGCCUAAGAUUCGUAUCAUCCAUAUAUUUGCGCCGGAGAUUAUCAACACAGACGUCAAAAACUUCCGUACACUCGUCCAAAGUCUGACCGGAAAACCGGAGAUCACCAAAACCAGUCCUAAGGACAAGACAAAUAUUCCUGCGCCACCGCCUCCACCGCAAGAAUCUAGCCAUGAACAUACGGGGGAGCUGGUCAACAAUAUUUUAGGGAGCCACGUAGUGAAGGACGAAUGGGAAUCAGGUUCGAACACAAACACAUACUUUGAUUUAGAUGGUUUGAUUGAUCUUGACGAAGACGGCAACAUAUUCUCAAGUCGAUGGUUUGAUCUUCAAGUGCAAUAAACUAAAGUAAUCACACUUUGCCCUAAUAUCUUGGGCUUCUGCUAAAAUUGUAAUGGUUCCUUUUGGUUCUGAUGAUUUAAUCAUACGGUCGACUUGGGAUGUAACAAGACAUGGUUUGAGACAUUGACCAUCGUGAUGCCCCACUUGAGACAUAUAGGUUGGGGUAUGUACAUGAUUUAUAUAGAUAUCAUGUACACUAAUACACAUGUUUGGAUUGUUUUUGGGUGCCCUUUGGCUGACUUUGCCAAUAAAGAGUGUGCAAUGAAGAGUUUAACUUGGAGGACUGAUUUUGCCAUGAGAAGUAAGAGUUUGAGUUAUGUAAAAACUCAACUUAAAAUUGGUGUAACAUGUUGUACUCACGCGUGCGUGUAUUAAUUAUUUUGAUGUAUUUGUCAUUGACUUUUUCGUUGCACAAGUUUAUAUAUAAAAAACGCGAGAUAUGAUUGUUGAUG